AUGGGUGCUCCACAACAUCUUUCCUCUCUCAGCUGUGAACUGAGAAUCAUAAAAGCCAAAAACAUUGAUUCAAUCAAGUCCAAUGCACACUUGUUUGUUAGAUGCUACCUCUCUGCAGGAAACAACAAAAGGGUCCGGCUAGAAAGCAAAGAAAUCUCACCGACAUCUUUAGUAUGGAACGAGUCGUUCUCGUUGGAGUGCCUUGGGACGCAAGCUUCCAUGGACAAGGUCAUGCAAGGAAGUGUAGUUUUUGAACUUCGCUACAGAAUCACCGUACCGGUUCUUGGGAGAAUCAAGGGUUCACAUCUCUUGGGCAGCGUGGAGAUUCCAUGGAAAACCGUUUGCGAGUCACCAGAGAUGGAAUUUGAGAAAUGGGUUGUCAUGGUUUCGUCGAAAAGUCAUGGAGAUGUGAAGCCACCUGCACUGGAAGUGGGCAUGAAGGUUCGAGUUCCGGCAGUGAAAGAGGCCGUGCCGACGAGGAGGAGGAGAGAGAGGAGGGUGGUGGACUGGGAAGAGUGCGGAUGCAUGGAUGGUGGGUGUUCCAAUUGUGCUGAUUUUGAAAUGCUUGCAUUGGCUGCAGCUAUGGAAGCCUUUUAG